AUGGACUUUGGGGAUAUUAUUGUUUUGGAGACAGAGGCAGCCAGAAGAGUCCGCGAUGAACGAAGAAUUCAUCGGCGGAAUCUCCGAGAUCGAAGUAACCCCUUCGAUUUAGGAGAUGAAGAAUUCCGAAUUUACUUUAGAGUAAAUAAGGAAAUCGCCUUAAUUUUAACACGCUCUCUUGAGGGCGAUAUAAGAAGGAGCCGGUCUCAUGGACUGCCAGUACAUAUUGUAAUUUUGGCUGCAGUGCGUUUUUAUGCCGUUGGUAGCUACCAACGGUGUGUUGGCCAAGAUUAUAAUAUUGUAUUGGCACAACGAACGGUCAGUAAAGUCGUUAAGGAGGUGUCGCAUGCCAUUGUGCACAGACUCCUCAAUGUUUACAUUAAAUUCUCUAGCACAACUGAGGAAAGGAGGGCUGUAGCUAGCGGGUUUCAGGCUGCACAUGGCUUGCCAGAUUGUUUGGGGUGUGUUGACUGCACACACAUAGCUAUUGCCACACCCCAUAACAAUGAUGCUAAUGAUCCACCUAUAGGAUACCCAUUACCAGAGCCAGAAACAUCUACUGAGGAACUUACUGACCACACUAUACCUACACAUACUGCUACCAGUUCAUCAGCAGCUUUGCGUCGGCAGCAAGAUAUAAUAAUGUUGAUUAAUUAA